GGACUCGGCGGCGCGGCGUUGUCGGUGGUGUCGGGGGCCUGGUUAUGCCAAACUCUCUGCCGCUCGGGGAUGUCCUCGGUCGCAGGAUCUUCAGACCGAGGGAGGCCUGCUGCCAUCUGGAAUUCAGACAUUUGAAAAUUAAAAUGGUGAGAUGAACGAACAACAAGAAUGGUCUUGCUUCAUAAGAGUUACCACCCGUCCGAAGUGACAUCCAGCAUGACCAAUUGACCAGCUUCUCACACCAGGAACCAAGUGAGAAAGCGAAAAAUGGGGCACAGUGGCCACAGACGUAACACCAAAAAAAAACAUGUCGGUUGUCACUCUGUUGCUUUUUUGUCGGUGUGUUUUCUUCUUGGAAAUCUCAUGAUGGCCCGGUCCUUUCACUUCCCUUCUCUCGAGUCUCUGACUCUCGGACGCGUCGCCUCGUCUCGCCUCACCUUGCCCUUGCCUUGGCUAAGGCUUGCCCCGGGCCCCGGGGGCCUUUGCUCUCGUCAUCGGGACAGCAAACCGACAGCAACCCAACCCAUGGGGCCAAGCGCAAGAGAGCGAUGCUGCGUGUGGGCUGGGCCAACCCACGGGUGUGUGGAUCGUGUCGUGCGGUCGCCGGGUCCUGUCCAAUUUCGUCGCGCAGAAGAGUGGGAAUCCAUCUCCGCGACGGCCGUCCGUGUGCGGCGUGCCCUGCCAUACAGGAACGCCACCCGUGGACUUCUUUCCGGCACUGCUGCACGCAUUGCAGGAGAAGAGACGACAAGUCCAUUUGACAGGAGCAAUCGUGGUGGACUUUGAUGUGCAUGUCGUUUCCCAAACUUUGCUCAAAAUGUUGUUCCGACCAGGUUGGGGACUGGUGCCAUGCCUGUGUUGAUCCCAAAGAACAGCUCCAAGAUGAGAGGAACGGGUGAUGGGCGUCAGGUAUCAGGCUCAUCAAGGUCCAUCAGGCCCAUCCAUGAGACACGGGAGCGUUCGCGGACGCU